AUGGCAUCCCCCAGCACGCGCGUCCCUGUAUGGGUCGCACAGCUAGAAUCCCCGGCCCCGGCCCGCAGCAAGGUCCCUGGCAUCCCCGAUCCCGUCGGCUUCUCUGGUGCCCUCGUCCCCGGCAAGAAGAAGGACGGCAAGCCGCAGGCCCGAAAAGCCCCGACAGCCGAUGAGAUGGAGACGCUCAAGCUGAAGAAGGCGUGGGAGGUGGCACUCGCUCCCGUCAAGUCCCUGCCGAUGACGGCCAUCAUGAUGUACAUGUCGGGCAACUCGCUUCAAAUCUUCAGCAUCAUGAUGGUUUUCAUGGCCUUCAAGAACCCAUUGGUGGGUUUGAUGAACACCAACCAAGCAUUCGAGAGAUUCGAGACGGUCGGCGACUCGUCCAAGCUCCUCCAAACAAAGCUCGUCUACGUCGCCAUGCAACUCGUCGCCCUGGCUGUCGGCGUCUGGAAAAUCAACGCCAUGGGUCUUUUACCGUACAACGACGCGGUCGGAUUGGUUGAUGUGGGAAUCCCAGAGGGAGUCGAUAGAUCAGGCCUUCACGGCUCUAUGAAGCUAAUCAUAUCCUCGUUCCGCGAGUUCGAGAAGUCGCUCACAAAAAGGUGCCUCUCUACCUCCAUUCUGCCCAACGCCCUCGCCACACCUGUGCCGUUGUGUAAUUGA